CCGGAAGUCAGUCCCACUAUCGUGCUAGCGCUCCUAUAAUUCCGUCACCGAACCCAAAACUCAACACUUUCACUUAGUUGUUAUACAUAGCGAAUGAAACUGUUUAAAAAACAUAGCUUUUUGAAUGUUUACCUUUUUAUGCAUUCUUUUUUCACCGGCGCAAAGAUAUACAGAUUAUUAAACUAGCUUGUUAAGUAAGGUUUCUUAGCCAAGUUAGCCGUUUUUUUCUAUGCCCAGUUUAAAUGGUUGCUGUUCGGAGAGGAAAACAUCCACAACUCUGAGUAUGUAAAACAAAAAAAAUAUUUAAUAUUCCACUUGUACAGUCAAAACAGCAUCGUAGAUAAUCUUAAAGUACUUUUAAUUAAACAAAGACUGACGUCUGAUAAGGUAUUUGUGCAUCUUAGCUGGUUACCCAUGGCUGUAUUCUAUAUAGCGUCCCACUCCCUUAAACAGUGCACUUUAUAGGGCACGAAGUAGUGUAGUGUGCAGUCUAUCUAGUGCACUCCGUGUCUCGUGAUGAGCUAUUUGGGACGCGACUCUGGUGUCAGCCGAGUCUGGUUAGCGAGCUAGCUGCUUCACAGGGAGAAGACGGAGAAGGAUUGUCUGAAAGCAGCGUUAAUUAAAAUCGAUACUCGUGUUUCUGUUUCGUUUCUUUCGAAAGGUUAAAGGAAACAGAUUCUCCAGCGAGCUUCUAUAAAAAUAAAAAAACAAAAAAAAAACAACAAGGGCAGACGGUUAUGGCCGAUGAAAACACUCACCUUUGCUCAAACUGCAAACAUGACAUUCCUGAAGCCAACUUCACCACGCACGAGAUCCACUGUCGACGUAAUAUCGCCCUGUGUGACGUGUGCCAGGAGCCCGUUCCCCGAUCUGACCUGCUACAACAUAAAGAGCAGGAGCAUUCACAGGAACAAUGCAAAUGUGGUCUGAAGAUUGAGAAGAGGCUCCUGGAAACCCAUCAGAGUUCUGAAUGCAGCCAGCGUCUGGUCCCGUGUCAGUACUGCGAGCUGGAGCUGGUCUUCAGCCAAGCCGUAGAGCAUGAAGAUUACUGCGGGACUCGCACCGAGCCCUGCCCCGUGUGCAAGUGCAACGUCAUGCUGAGGGAGAAAGCCAUCCAUCCAGCCCUGUGUGGGAGCCUCACACCUCCCCAGGAAAGGAGGAUGAUCUCCCAGUCUCCGGGAGCAUGGUUCGAGACACCGUCCAUCCACAACCUGUUGAGGGGACAAGAAAGGAGCAUUAAUAAUAACAGCAGUGCUGGGUUAACAGAGCGCAGAGGCCCACCACGGCCACUAGAGAGCAGACUGCACAACAGCACUAGAGGAGCAGUGGGAAGUGGGGCAGGAAGGAACAUGGCACAGAGAAACAAUGAAUUUUCUCACUUGCUAGAUCAGGAUGCAGAGCUGGAAAACAACAACAACAGCCUGCUGUGGCCUCUGAGCCAGCUGCCAGACUCUGACUCCUCCGGCCUGGACUACCUGCUCGCCCUGAGUCUGCAGAGUGAUGGAGAUCCAGAGGAGCCAGACGUUCAUCAGGGUUUGUGGACCGACGUCUGGGAUCGACGUUUAGGCAGAGCACCUGCCCCAGGCACCUUCAGCUCCCAGAUCUCUUCUGCCAACAAUAACAACACUCCAGCUAGCACUAACACACCCUCCGAGAUCAUGCUCCCCUGUGAGUUCUGCGAAGAGCUCUUUCCAGAAGAAGACCUCAUUUUACAUCAGACGGGUUGCAGCCCCGCCUCUGCCAUCGCCUCAUUUAGCAAGCAGCCUUCAUCUCUGUACCCGGAAGAGCCUUUUACUGAAGAUGACAUCAUCACUCCCCGCACGCCGAGUCCACCCAACCUCCCCCAAUCAGUCUCGCCUCUUUCCUACAGCCCUCCUUCAAGCCCAAUAGGGGGUGAUGUGCUCAUUCCCUGUGAAUUCUGUGGAGUUACGCUAGAGGAAAAUGUCGUAUUUCACCAUCAGGAUAAGUGUGACCUUCGUCCUGCCACGGCUUUUCAACCAGAUGGAGCAUCGCAAUCUCCUUGGAAACCCAUCCACUCUACCAAUGAGAGGUGUGGGAGGAGUUCUCCAGAUAGACAAAGGAGAGUGAAACACCAGGCAGAUCCUGCUGAGGAUUUCCUCAUGCCAACUCUUCAUAGCUGGCAGAGCUGCAAGUUUCCUAUGGAUUCACGGAAGCCGCCUGCCUUCAGAAGUCUUUCCAACUCUGGCAAGAACACCAAUGCAGAGCUGCAAGGAAAGAGCAGGGGUCCGUGGGGAAAAGACACAGACACUCACUCAUCUCACUUAGAUCCUUUCAGCGGAGGCUUCAAUUCCAGCAUUGCAGGAGCUUCUGGGCCUCAAUUCAGAGACCAAGCAGAGGGUCGACGCUGCCAAAAGAACACGGUAUUGUCUAAGGCUCCCAAGAAGCAGAACACAGAAAAAGAAAAGGAGGAAGAAUAGGAGGAAGUGUCUGUUUAUCUAUUCAUUGUGGAAGAGAGAUGGCUCCAAUUAAUUCCUGUUGAAAUGCAGUUUGUGUGUGUGUGUGUGUGUGUGUAUACGCGUGUGUACUGUGGAGCGACGGUGUGUAUACUGUAUGUUUUUGUGUCUGUGUCCAAAAAUGUUUUAUAGUUUCUUCUUCUAAACUACUUGCUUUUGUUGCACUACAUUUAAAGUGUCCUUUGGGAUUUUCUUUCUGUGUUUCUGUAUGUAUGUUCUCUCAGUAUUUUUGAUAUAUCUUUCAGCUCCUUUAAUAUUUUAAAGUUCACCAGGACUUGAAGGACGUUAUAGCUUUUUAUAUUUUCUUAAAAUCUACUUAAAAUACAUGUGACAAUACUUUCACAUUAUGCUAAAUUCUGUUCCUUAUUUUGCAUAUUACUUAUUACAUUAUGUUUUCAGGAUCAAUCCAAGCUGAGGCAAUCGACUUAUGUGAACUUUUCAUAUUCCUAUGGGAAAUGGCAUAUAGAUAUAAUAAAAGCCUCCAUCCUAGUUUGUC